AAGGACCAACUUGAAAGAAUCCGUGAUCAUAGUCGCGUCAAGUUGAAAAGCCGAAGCGCUUUUUCUGUUGCACCUUCAUCCAAGUCCCAAUUAUGUCUCGCCUUACCAUCAUCGUCGCAGCUACAAAAAACAAUGGCAUUGGUAAAAGCGGCACUUUGCCAUGGCGCUUGAGAAAAGAUAUGGCGUAUUUUGCUCGUGUCACUUCAAAUGCCCCAGAUGAUCAAAUGAACGCAGUGGUCAUGGGUAGAAAUACAUGGGAGAGUAUACCCGCCAAAUUCAGGCCUCUUCCUAAACGGAUCAAUGUUGUUAUAAGUCGGAAAGCAGACUACAAAUUAGCACAACCAGAUUCACCGUCGUCUGAAACUCAGCUCCUGUGCUCAGGAUAUGACGAUGCCUAUCAUCGACUAUCGAAGACAGAAAACAUUCAUCGGACGUUCAUUAUAGGAGGAGCGUCUCUUUACCAAGAAUCCUUAACAGGAACUUCGUUGGGAUUAGUAGAUCGUAUUCUGCUCACGCGAAUCACAAAUCCAGCAUUUGAUGAUUGCGAUGUGUUCAUGCCAGAUUUUCUAGCGGAAACGGAUAGCAAACAAAGCGAUUGGGUGGUAGCAUCCCAUGAAGAUUUGGAGAAAUGGGUGGGAUUCGAAGUACCAGCUGGAAUUCAAGAAGAGAAUGGGAUAAGCUACGAGUUUCAGAUGUGGCUGCGUGAAGUGUAGUUUAUCAGAAUUGCACAAUUGGGAUCCAUCAUCAUCGGCAGAUACACUCUGAGGACAGUAUAUUGCCUUAUAGACAUAGGCAUGCUUGCUCUUCCACGUAGAUGUCGACUAAUUAUAAUGCGAGUAAGUUUUGUGAGUUGAGGUUGUCCGAGUCAAACCGGCUAUCCUUGCCGCUGUUUUGUGCUUUGGGUUUUUGGAACAUAACACAUAAACUCUUCCUUUCCUCCUUACAAUACUACAACCGUCGCACAUGACCUUUACCGAUGACCGUACUUUCAUCCCUCGUGUCAAAGGUGGGUUCUGCGAAAGAGGUGCGACGAGGUGAGCAUGAGAAUGAUGGUGCAACGAAGGCAGAGGAUUUGAGCGAAAACGGGAGAGCAGAGGUCUGCUGGUGAUUAGCAGAGCGCGCAGCAUGGUGGUGGAUUUCAAACAGU